AUGGAUAAAAACCGGAAUCUUCAAUGGAUUUUCCUCAUUUUUGUCAUCAGUCAACACGUUGUCAUCUGCCAGAAAUUGACUGAAAACGAGAAUUUGAUAAGAUUGAGGGAUUGUGGACACCAAUUUCUUCCUCAACCAUCCCAAAAUGGAAGCAAUGUCAGUAUUGGCUAUUCCAACGAGACCGUCCGAAACUCCGUCUGGCUCUCAUGGGUCACUCAACUACCGAACACAAAAGAACUCGAUUUCAAAAAAUCUGCCGCUUUUCCGAUAUCCAAAAGACACAUCUUCACUUCUUCACAAGUAGUUCUGACAGCUGAAAAGAAAUGGGCUUAUGAUGGCGUUCCAUACAAAGGUUGUAAAAAAGAAAUCGGUUAUGUUGAUGUUCCGGAAAACACUUUGAAGAACCUCAAUGUCUCAUCUGGAGGAAGACGUGUUGAAGUGUUAAAAGGUCGAAUAUUUGCAUGUGAUAGAACUGACUUGAAUAGAACGUACCAUCCUCUGUUACUAGAAACUGAGCCACUGACUGUUCCCAAUAUUCCAUGCUUGGCAGAUGAUGAAACUAUCAAAUACAAACAAGAUGCUGAAGUUCAUGCCUAUGGGUUAGAAGGAGAUAUAAUGGCACACCGGAAACUUAGGAUCGAAUUAAAGGACAGAACUGAUAAUACAUGGGUCUGCACGCAACCUCGAUACUUCGCUGAUAAUAGUCGUGGUGGUCCUCUGGUUAUGGAUGUUAGCGGGAAAGCUACAGUAAUCGGAUUGAAAGGAGCUGCAGUUAAUGAUCCGGAUGGAACAAACUAUUUCUACAACAUGGCAGUAUUUCAAGACGAGAUUUGUGAACAUUCUGGAGUCUGUUUUGUGAAGAAUUUCACGGAGGCCCUGGCGAAGAUUUCAACAACAGAAGCACCAGUAACGAAGGCUCCAGAAGACGGAGGGCUCUCACAAAAUACCCCAAAAAGGCCAGGAAACAAUGGAACACCUCAAAGAUCGGGUUCAGAAGACAGUGAAAUACCUCGACGACCGUCUCCAGAUGCCGAUGAAUCAGAAGAACAGAAGAAGCCAACGUAUUCGGAAAUAGAUGAGGAGGAGGACACUGAUAUCCUCCUCGAUAAGGAUUUCAAUAGAGGGACGAGAUUCGGGGAACAUGGACUUUUAUUUGUUUUUCUAUUUGUGGUAUCGAUGAUUUGA